GGUUUGACACGUUAAACGUGUGUUCUCACCUAUGGAAGUUGUUACUCACUAUCAUCUCACCUUUUGUAAUCGAUUUUAGAUUUAUGUAAUGCAAUGGUUUACAAAGGUAUGGCCUAUUGUACCUUAUAUAUCUCAGGCUUAUAAUGCUAUGUAAUUUAUACAUAUUAAACUCAUUACAAAACAAUAAUUAAUAAUAGUAAUUAGAGAUACGCCGCCGGAAAACGUUCCCACUUUAAACCAGUCUGAUAACACAGCAUCGACAUAUUAAUAAUAAUAAGUAGGGACUCGUUGUAUAUAACGUAAGACCAUCCCGAUCAAUUAAUUUCUACUUUUAGUCUUAUUUUAUGUAUGCAUAAAUUAAUCAUGCUAUCGUUAGCCGGUACGACGUUUUUUUCUGGCACAUGGAGUAUGUACACGGGCGCGUUGUUCUUAGUUUUAGGGUGUUUAUUUUAUUACUUUAGCAUUUCCACUUAUGGAUAUUGGCGCAAAAGAAACGUGCCGUACGGCCGACCACUGCCAAUGUUUGGAAAUUUCGCAACUUCAUCUUUCGGAAUCGAACACAUUUCUGAUCUUUUCAACAGAUUGUAUAAACACAGUUCUGGACACAAGUACUGGGGAAUUUACCAGAUGAGAGCGCCAACGUUAAUGCUUCGCGAUCCGGAUCUCAUAACUAAGGUACUCAUCAAGGAUUUCUCACAUUUCACUGACCACGGUGUACCUGUAGAUGUCAACACUACUCCUUUAACGAACCAUCUAUUCACGAUGAAAGGACAGAAGUGGAAAAUUAUGAGAAGCAAAAUGAGCCCAGUUUUUACAUCUUCAAAGCUAAAAAACAUGCAAGAUCAGAUUAAUGAAUGUGGUGACCAAUUGAUGAAGAAUUUGGAAAUGAAUUUAAUUCAAUCGGACAUGUUAGAAGUGCGUGACAUCAUGGGCGAUUAUUCGACGGACGUAAUCGGUACUUGCGCUUUUGGGCUUCAGUUAAACGCCAUCGUUGAUAAAGAUUCGCAAUUCCGGAAAGCCGGAAAAGCCGUGUUCACGGCGACACUUAGAAAUGUUGUGAAAGAUUUGAUCACGUUUAUUUCACCAUCACUUAGGAAAAUGUUGAAAAUAGGCGACUUUCCUCCAGAGGCAUCAGGCUUUUUCGAAUCUUCGUUUAACCAAACGAUGGCGUACAGAACACAAAACAAUAUUGUGAGAAACGAUCUUGUGCAGUGUUUGAUGCAGGCUAGACAAGAUUUAAUCGUUAACAAAUUAGAACCAUCAGUGAUCUAUAGAGAAACGGAUAUAGCUGCAAACGCUUUUCUCAUGUUUCUUGCUGGGUUUGAGACGGUUUCGACUACCAUGAGCUACUGUUUAUAUGAACUGGCUCUAAAAAAUCAUAUCCAAGACCGUGUUCGCGAUGAAAUCUUGACCGCAAUGUCUAAACAUAACAGCGAGCUCAAUAACGAUUUCUUAACAGAACUUUCAUACCUGGAAAUGGUCAUAUCAGAAACUCUACGUAUGUAUCCACCUUUAUCGAUUAUUAUCAGAGAAGCUACAAAGUCCUACAAAGUUCCUGGAGAAGAUUUGGUAAUAGAAAAGGGUACUAAAAUCGCUAUACCUGCAUACAGCCUACACAUGGAUCCAAUGUAUUACCCUGAUCCGAAUACGUUCAAUCCAGAACGUUUUACACCCGAAGAAAAAGCCAAAAGGCCAAGUGGUGUUUACAUGCCUUUCGGAGAAGGGCCUCGUAUAUGUUUAGGAAAACGUUUUGCCGAAAUGGAGAUGAAAUUGGCACUUUCUAAACUAUUAACUAUGUACCAAAUAGAACCUUGUGAAAAAACUGAUGUUCCCAUGAAACCGAAAAAGCUAGCUCUAACUACUGUUCCCGAAAACGGAAUAUGGUUAAGAUUUAAACAAAGUCCAAUCAUGUUAUCGUUAGUCGGUACAUCGAUUUUUACCGGCACUUGCUUUAUGUACACGUGCGCGUUGUUCUUAGUUUUAGGGUGUUUAUUAUAUUACUUUAGCAUUUCCACUUAUGGAUAUUGGCGCAAAAGAAACGUGCCGUACGGCCGACCACUGCCAAUGUUUGGAAAUUUCGCAACUGUCAUCUUUGGAAUCGAACACAUUUCUGAUCUUUUCAACAGAUUGUAUAAACAAAGUUUUGGACACAAGUACUGGGGAAUUUACCAGAUGAGAGCGCCAACAUUAAUGCUUCGCGAUCCGGAUCUCAUAACUAAGGUACUCAUAAAGGAUUUCUCACAUUUCACAGACAAAUUUAUGCCUUUGGAUGUCAAUGCUACUCCUCUGUCGAACCAUUUGUUUGCGAUGAAAGGACAGAAAUGGAAAAUUAUGAGAAGCAAAAUUAGCUCAGUUUUUACAUCAUCAAAACUAAAAAACAUGCACUAUCAGAUUAAAGAAUGUAGUGACCAAUUGAUGAAGAAUUUGGAAAUGAAUUUAAUUCAAUCGGACGUGUUAGAAGUGCGUGACAUCAUGGGUGAUUAUUCGACGGACGUAAUCGGUACUUGCGCUUUUGGGCUUCAGUUAAACGCCAUCGUUGAUAAAGAUUCGCAAUUCCGGAAAGCCGGAAAAGCCGUGUUCACGGCGACACUCAGAUUGCUUAUGAGAGAUGUUAUCACGUAUAUUUCGCCAUCGUUUAGGAAAAUGUUGAACUUUAGCGACUAUCCUCCAGAGGCAACACAAUUUUUCGAAUCAUCGCUUAACCAAACGAUGGACUACAGAAGAAAAAACAAUAUUGUGAGAAACGAUCUUGUGCAGUGUUUGAUGCAGGCUAGACAAGAUUUAAUCAUCAACAAAUUGGAACCAUCAGUGAACUACAAAGAAACAGAUAUAGCAGCAAACGCUUUUAUCACGUUCCUUGCUGGGUUUGAGACGGUUUCGACUACCAUGAGCUACUGUUUAUAUGAACUGGCUCUAAAAAAUCAUAUCCAAGACCGUGUUCGCGAUGAAAUCUUGACCGCAAUGUCUAAACAUAACAGCGAGCUCAAUAACGAUUUCUUAACAGAACUUUCAUACCUUGAAAUGGUCAUAUCAGAAACUCUACGUAUGUAUCCGCCAUUAUCAAUAAUCUUCAGAGAAGCUUCAGAGUCUUACAAAGUUCAUGGAGAAGAUUUGGUAAUAGAAAAAGGAACUAAAAUCGCUAUACCUGCAUACAGCCUACACAUGGACCCAAUGUAUUACCCGGAUCCGAUUACCUUCAAUCCGGAACGUUUUACACCCGAAGAAAAAGUCAAAAGACCAAGUGGUGUUUACAUGCCUUUUGGAGAAGGACCUCGUAUAUGUUUAGGAAAGCGUUUUGCCGAAAUGGAGAUGAAAUUGGCACUUUCUAAACUAUUAAUUAAGUACCGAGUAGAGCCUUGUGAAAAAACUGAUGUUCCCAUGAAACCGAAAAAGAUAGCUAUAACUACUUGUCCCGAAAAUGGAAUAUGGUUGAGAUUUAAACGUAUUGAUUCUUAAAUCAUUUUUGUUAUGAUGUAAAAUCUAAUAAUGAUUGUUAUAUGAUAAAUUAAUCAUCAUAAGUAAGAAAUAAUAACAUAAUAUCAGACAUUUUUUUUGCCUAUCUGUUCUUAGUUAAUUUUAGCUAUGUAUUAGUUUGUAUUAUUAUCUUAUGAUAAAAUAGUUCAUUUUCAAUCGUCUUCAAUUAAUAUUUAUUGACUUUCUAUACGAUAUUAUGAUCUUUACUAUAGCUAUUAAAAUGCAAUAAAAUGUUUGUAUUUAUAGCUAUAUUCUUUUUCAAAAAAAUGUAUGUACUAACUC